AUGGCGGCUCCGCCGCAGUACGGCAUUCACCCCUACAGUCACCUCGGGUAUGCGUAUGGGGGCACGACGGCGGCUGUCGCAGCUGCAGACUACACGUGGGGAGCCGCAGCGCAGUACUCUCAGUGGCAAACACCAACGGCACAUCCAUCCGCACCCAAUCCACUUGAACAGGAACCAGAUGCCCUUCAAAGCCGCACGCUCUUCUUCGGUCGACUUCCAGAGGAUGUGACUGAAGAUACGCUGCGGGACGUCGUCGCGCCGCACGGCGAUCUAAAAAAGGUUGCCGUUUACGCUGAAAAACGGAUGGCGUUCGUUGAGUUUUAUGACCUUCGUCACGCAGAAGCUGCUCGGGACGCUCUUCGCGGCUCGGACAUCUUGGGAAAGCGAGUCGAAGUGCAGUUUUCGGCUGUGAAGCGGCCAGACAAAGAUGGAAACACGGGCACUCUGUACGUACGUCCAGUCAGCACGGUUCAUGUGUCGGGCAACUGGGCAGAUCCAAACAGCCUUGACGCGUACAGGGAGCUGUUCGCGAAGCAUGGCGACCUCAAGAAGGUGUCUGCAAAUCGAAAGCGAGAGACGGAGAAGUUCGUCGAGUAUUUUGAUCUCCGAGACGCGCAAAAGGCACUUGACUCUUUGAACGGCUAUGUUUUCAACGGCGCCACGCUGCACAUAUGCUUCGCCCAGAACGCGUCGCGCACAGUGAAUAAGAACGCAGAGCGUUCGGGGGGUUCGCGGCGGACACCGGAGAGCUACGGCCCUGUUCGAGGCGGCGGGAGCUCAGGAAGUGGCGGGAUGUCGCGCUCCUACGCGUCAGGUCCCUACGCUGCGCCGGUGAGUUCUCACCAACCUCACGCUGUUCCUGCCAUCUACGCAUCCGGCCCUCCCCUCACGCCACAACACCCUCCACCUGCCUACGUCGCGGCUGUGCCGUACGCCACAGGGCCAGCGGCGUAUGGCGCGUACGCAGUACCGUACCAGCCGGCGUACGGCCUCUACACGUAUCAGCAGCCGCAGGCAACAAACGGGUACGCCGCGCCGCAGCCGUGGGCGGCAGCUGCGACGACGGCAACAGCGCCUGCGAGUGCGACGGCUGCUGUCCCGUAUACCGUCGCUCCACAGGCGGCGAGCACGUCCGCAGCGAGCAGGUCGAGUCCGGUGAGUUCCGCGGCACCUGCGGGAAGUGCCGGGGCGUAUGCGACCCCCGCAGCGACUGCUCAGGUGGCUGCGCCGCGGUGGUGA